AUGGUCAAGAAGACCCUGACAUGCUGCUGGCCCUCAGGGCUUCGGCCUUACUGUCAGCUGCACGAGGGGAAGAGCUUUCUAAAUCAGUCCCCUGGCAGGGACUUUGGGGCAGAGCUGGGAACCAAGGCUGAGUGGGGGUUGGGGGAGGAGAUCACCACCGGGGCAGAGCCCAACGCAGCAGGACCGCGUCGCCUUACUCUCGUCCCGUUACCCUCUUCCUUUCCUUCCUUGGGGCCAUGGGCCUCGGUUGAGGGAGCUGGGAUGGUCUGGUCAUGGGAGGAGCCGCAAAAAACUUUGCUCCUUUGA